GUCACAUCCGCGACCCCAACAACCAGGUGCAGGUUGUGAAAAACCUGCGCAUCUGUGUCAACAAUGUUGUGAUAAGUCCAAACACAGUGUCUGCUGCCCUCAGUCCCGCCCAGUGUCGACUGCUUAAUGAAGUGGUGUUAUCCUGCCAGCCGCAAGAGGGUGCUGUGACCAAUAUGAUCACAGCAGGAGACUAUGACCUCAACUUCAGUGAUCACUCUCUUAAAGCUAGCACCCCCUGGUACAGUGCCUGGAAAGAAACACUGUUGGAAGUCAGCACCUCCAAGCACUACACAGCAACCACGCCCUGGUUUGAAACCUACAGGGAGAACUUCCUGCAGUCGAUGCCUGCCUCAGACCAUGAGUUCCUCAAUCACUACCUUGCCUGCCUACUGGUAGUGUCUUCCACUGAAACAGUCCCUGUGGAGCACUUCCUCAAGCUUUCCCAGGAGCAGCACAGGAUUCAACACAGUGGAGAAUACACUAACCCCAAAUGGUUUAUUCCCAACACACUCAAGUACUACGUCUUACUUCAUGACAUGAGUGAGGGCGAUGAACAGAGGGCAGAUGCAGUGUAUGAAGAUAUGAAACAAAGGUAUGGUUCUCAGGGCUGCUAUCUAUUGAAACUGAACUCUCGGACCUUCUCAGCUGAAGAAGAUGAACAGAUUCCAGACCCGUGGAGUCAAUACCUACAGAGGAGUAAUAUGCAUAACCAGGAUGUGCUUGAGGAUGUAGCUCCAACUGUAAACAUUACUGCUGUUGAGAACAACAUCAGUGAAGUUGACUGCCAUCACUCAAUAGAGAAAGACGGAGUGUCCAAUAGCCUGGAAAACCAUCCUCUCCAGCUGGAAACAGCCAGCAGCUCUGGGACCCUGCACACUCUCAGUGCUGUCAAUGCUGACCUGAAGAAAGGUGCAAGAGAUCCAGAGACUCUGGCGGGAGGAGCAGGGAGUCAUGGGGCAUGUCUGACCCUGAAUGACCAUGACCACAUCAGACAGUUCAUUCAAGAGUUCACCUUCAGAGGGCUGCUGCCACACAUAGAGAAGAAUAUCAGACAGCUUAAUGACCAGCUGGUCUCCAGGAAAGGUCUGAGUCGGUCUCUGUUCACUGCAACCAAGAAGUGGUUUGGUGGAGGAAAAGUUCCAGAGAAGAGCAUCAGUGAACCAAAGAGCACAUUUGGCCUUCUAUAUCCCCCAGAAGCCCCUGAGCUGCAGAUCAGGAAAAUGGCCGACCUGUGCUUCCUGGUUCAGCACUACGAGCUGGCCUACAGCUGUUACCACACUGCCAAGAAAGACUUCCUGUCAGACCAGGCCAUGCUGUAUGCUGCAGGGGCACUGAGUGUGAUAGGGGGAAAUGAAGUCAGCCUCCCCCAGCUGCCUCUGCCGUACAUCCACAGCUCAGCCACAAGGGUCUACUUUGGACAUGAACGCCGCCUUGCAGAAGGCGAAAAGCAGGCAGCCACUCAUGUGUCCCUGGACCAGGAGUAUGACCAGGAUUUGGCAGCCAUGUGGUGCCACCUAGAGGAGCAGCUUGUGGCUGCCGCCAACCGGGGAAUUGUCCCAGUUACCUUCCAGACCACCCAGUGCUGCCUGAAUAGCCAAACAGACAACCUGCGCCACCCACUGGCUGUUGUGGAGGAACCAAUCAUAGUGGAGGUGACGUUCAGGAACCCUCUGAAGGUUUCUCUGUCCCUGUCCAACCUCUCACUUGUCUGGAGGUUCACUGCUGAUUGUGCAUCUCAAUCAAAGGAGAAGACGACUGAAGAGUUGUCCAUCACUAAUGAGGAGAACCUCGCUCUAGGGAUUACACAGAAAGAUGACCUUGUCACAACGGAGGUUAUCCCAGAGUUUAAUAUGGGUUCAGAGGAGACCAAAAUGGCUCGACUCAGGCUGCUACCGCACAGAACAGGUCAGCUGAACAUUGUGGGUGUGGUAUACAGCCUUGCUGCAGCCUCCUCUGGAGAGAUGGCUACCAGCACUGAAGACCAGCAGACAUCGGAUUUGAUGGUGGUUCGUGGUAGACAGGAACUGAAGAUCCGUGGCCCUCGACUCAACCAGACCAAAGAAGACAAGAUGUCUGUUCGACAUGGUCCGGAUCUACGUCUGGAUCCCAUCAUAACACCACCCAUGCCCCUAAUGGAGGUCUUCUUCCUGCAAUUUCCCACUGCUCUUCUGUGUGGUGAGAUCAGAAAGGCCUAUGUUGAGUUCUGUAAUGUCAGCAGUGUUGCUUUGUGCGGCCUUCGAGUGGUGUCCACACACCCUGAUUUCUUCACUUUUGGGAGUCAGGCCACAACGCCCCUCAGCCCGACCUCAGCUGAAAACUGCUCAGCCUAUAAAACCUUGGUCACAGCCACCGAGCCAGGCUUAGUGGCAUCUGAGAUUUUGGUUUCAGCUGAGGAUUUCAGCCAGUCAUCUGGUGUGAUGGAGAUUCCAAUAGAUGGCUGCACACUGCAACCGGGAGAGUCCACCCAGCUGCCUCUCUGGCUCAGAGGACCAGACCAGGAGGGAGUUCAUGAAAUCAAUUUUCUCUUCUACUAUGAGAGCACAAGCAAAGGAAACAAAAUCAGUCAUCGGGUGUUACGUCACACAGUGUUUAUCUGCACCAGUCGGUCUCUGAGUGUGCAGGCAUCGGCCUGCCGCAGCAGUGUUCCUCUACAUCACAGUCUGGAUGACAAAGGUGGCAAUGGAGCUCUGGUCUUCAUUGAUGUGGAGAACAUCAAUACGAGUGAAGCUGGCGUGCGUGAGUUUCACAUCGUCCAGGUGUCCAGCAGCAGUCAGCACUGGCGCCUCCACAAGUGUAUCAACCCAGCCAAGGAUAAAGACUGUAAACUCAUCAGCAGAGAAAGAGCCAAGUUGUGUUUCAGAGCCACACGAUGCAAGCCCCACCACGAUGCCAUAGAGAAAUACACCUUUGCAGACCUGAAUCUGGGAAAUGAACGGAUCAUCAGUUCCUCCACACCCUGUGGAGAUUUCUUCUUCCGUGGCUGUCGGACCUCAGAGUCUCAGCAAGUUGAUGUGGCAUCAUCCAGGACAUCAUCCAGCAGCAAGAAUCAGGGCCCCACUGAGAACAGAGCCUCUGCCAUUGCCAACAUUGUCAAGAAGUGUAAUGAGCUGGACCUCAACAUUAUUGUGAUCUGGAAGGCCUAUGUGGUCGAGGAUAACAAACAGCUGAUCUUAGAGGGCCAGCUCCAUGUGGCGCUGCAGACCAUCGGCAAAGAGGCCAGUUCUCUGACUCCCAGAGAGGAAACUCAGGAGAUGGUGCUGCUCAAGUUUAAAUCAGAGCUGCCUCCUCCAGUCGUCCUACCUCCUGCAGAGCUGUCCCAACUCAUCAAAACCAACCUGCACUACCCUGAGACCUACACACAUCCAUUUGUCCAGGAUAGUCUCUGUGUGGUGCCAGUUACUCUGACUCUGUCCAACUGUUCCUUGGCUCAAGUGGAUGUCAUCAUUGACUUACGGCACAAAAGCACCGAUCCAGAGUCUAUGGAGGUCCACAGCUCAUUCACCUGGGUGGGUCAGACCCAGUACAAACUGCAGCUGAAACCUCAGGAGGUCCUGUGCCUGACUCUGCGAGCCUGUUUCCUCCAGGCUGGAGUCUACAACCUUAACACACCACAAGUCUUUGCCAAGCCAACUGGGCAGGGCGCCAUUUGUGAGACGAGUCAGCAGACUGCUAUUCCUGCUCUCAUAAUCAUCAACAAUGCCUGAGUGCAGCAUCGUGGCCUGCAGACAAAAGGACCUGGACUCAGAAACCACUGAGCAGAGUAUACACACAUGAUCGUACUUGUUCCUCUUGAUUAAUACUGGAAGUACAGAUGUUUUGUACGAAUUAGUAAAAUAAAGAAGUUCGUUUAAAACAAACCGCUACAGUUUAUAGAUACCGAUGAGCUGAUGUUACAGAUUAAGCAGUCAGAGAGUUUAUGGACCACAGAACUAUCUAGUUUCAUCGGUCAACCAUCAAAGAGUUUCAGUUGCACAUUACUUUUUCUGUUCAAAGUUCUCUCAUUAACACACAGAUUUGCCCUCCUUCCAUCCAGCCCCUCUGUACCUCUACUGUGUCCAUCCACCUAUCACCAGCAUCUCAAACACCCACUUGUGUUUGGAACUUAACAACAAAAGCUAGAUCAUAAAUAAAUAUAAAGGAAUAUCUUAUAACUAGACCAGAAUGUUUACUCUGAUCUAAAGCCUUAAGGCUCAAAGUCAGAGAAAAACUUUAUUUGUGUGUGGUGUGUGUCCAUGUUGAGCCACACACCAGAGUUUGGUCCAGUUCAGCUGGACUGGCCUUUAGUUCCAGACUCUGUGGACUGACUUUGCAUCUGACAACAACUUCAAUCUGCAAAUAUACUGACUUCUUUAAGAACCAGAUGUGUAAAAUUCCUGAAUGGACCGAGCAGCAGUUUUGAAAGUGAUUUCUAAUAAGAGUUGUUUACAUCCUGGAUAUUGUACACACCACCACCCGGUCAUCUUUUCAUUGAGUCUACAGCUUCUCCUGAAGUCCUUAGCAAGAGGUUGAUGACUCAACUCCCUCUUACUGCCCAUUCUCUGUGUGAUUUUCACUCUUUCAGUACACACUACCCAAGUUGUCUCAUGUGCAUGCAGUUGAGUUUAAAGUCUAACCUAUCCAUUCAGCAUACCACCCUUACCUGUGUGUUUAACCUCACCAUAAUUUGAUUAAGCUUGUAUGCAUUGACUUCACAGCUUUUCUGAAAAUGAUGUAUUAUAUUUAUAUAACAAGUUGGAUGUAAAUAGAAAAUAAAAAUGUAACUAAUAAAA